UGUUCAUUUGAGGCGUUAUGAUAAUUUAUUGAUCGAAAACUUUUUUCUUAGACAGUGAGCAUUACAGUGCGCCAAUUCACCUGUUGGUGCAGGUUCUGCAUGUAGAUGCAAGUGGAGAAGAAAAUUGAAGAAAAAUUAACAAACUGUUCAACAAAAGAAAAAAGUCCCUGACAAAACAGUCAAAACUCAGUUGACAUUUGACUUGUGUAGGCAGUGUAGCUAGCCGCUAGGUACUCUGAGACCUGAGUCUGUACUCAGAGACCAGAGUCUCAGUCUAAACUCUCAAGUCACCAAGCCAAGUUCUCAGAAUGUGGUUUCAAUAUGGGAGACAAAUUUUUUCAAACCGUAAAAUUCUAAUCAAAGUAUUCCAAGUGCCAUGUUCAUGUAUGUCAGCUACUCCUGGUUUUAAUCCAAAAAAAAUUCUCAUCCUAACUAAAUUAUCCCGGUAUGAUUUUGAAAGAAGAUUACAUCCAAAUCUUAGUGAAGAUCAAUUAAAGUCUAGUUUAUAUGCCAGAGGUUCUGAUUAUCACAUGCUGCUUCAUUAUCACAAUGUACACAAGAGAGUGGAGCAAGCUGUUGUUCAGGCCUUUGAUGAGACUGGAAUAGAGACCAAAGUUGUUAACCGCCUUGAGUAUUGCGAUGCUCUCAUUGCGUGGGCUGAUGCAGUAGUCACUACGGGCGGUGACGGCACUUACCUGCUAGCGGCGUCAAGGAUACGUGACAGAAGCAAGCCUGUCAUUGGCUUCAAUUCAGACCCUACGCGCUCUAAGGGGCAGCUCUGUCUUCCUGAGAAAUAUUCAGCCUCUCCCAGAACUGCUGUGGCUCAGUUACGCAGAGGGCUGUUCAGAUGGCAGUAUCGAUCCCGCAUCAGAGUGACGCUGCGCGGUGAACACAUUUACCAAGCACCAAUUGAACUGCACGACCAGCAGCUCCUCAACCCGGAGUACAGAUAUUUGGACAUCGAUGCAAACUUGAAGAGUGAACAUGUGCGGCACUCCUUGUCAGAGUGGGGCCAGGCUGACCCCUCGCUGCCUACAAGAGUUCUUCCUGUAUUGGCUCUCAAUGAGGUGUUCAUCGGGGAGUGCAUAUCAGCGCGCGUGUCGUACCUGGAGUUGCAGUUCGACGACCAGGCGCCAGGGAAGCACAAGUGCUCAGGUCUCAUCGUCAGCACGGGCACAGGCUCCACGUCCUGGACCUACAACGUCAACAAACUCACCGAGCAGAACCUCGAGCAGGCGUUGCUUAUACUGGAAGAGGUCACUGGCAGUCCUAAAAAUUUCUCACAUCCUGCGCUGGUUGCCAAGGUGGCAGACGAGUUCAACAUCCUCGCCCCUUUCUACCCGUCCUCUCUUCCACUUUUUCUCCUUUCCCCUCCUCCACUAUUCCCCUGUUGCACCCUCUUCUCUCUCUUCCCCCUUUUUGUUCCACAUUCCUCAUCCCCACCAGCGUUCCCCUCAUCCUCCCUCACACUCCCCUCACUCCUCCCUUCAUUAACUGCUUAA